UGUAGCGCCACUUCGGGUGAACUCGGGUUUCUUCGGCAUUUUCCGGCGUCUCCGUCCGACUCCAUGAAGAUUUGUGAAAACAAAUGAAUAGUUUCCUGUUUCCGGAUUUGCUUCCCUGAUCACUUUGCAUUUAAAAAAUAUAUAUAUAUAUUGGAGAUUUAUUUAUUUUAUUUUUAAACAUUUUUCCGUCCAGCCGUCUCGGCGGCUGUUGUUUUUUUCGCGGGCUUCGGGCUCGGCUGAGAUCGGACACCCCGCCGUCGUUGCGCCGCCGCUGCUCGGCCAAACUCGGCUUUCGUCGUCGUUCUAUUCGGGAGGAUCAUGGAGGAGGCCGACGCGGCCACGAAGGCGCUCGGGCUGGACGAACCGCCCCUCGGCGGGUCGCCGGCGGAGGCGGGGGACUCGGAGACGGAGUCGGAGGCCGAAGUCACCACGAUGGCGAUGAUGGCGGAAGCGGGAAACCUCGUGAUGGGAGCCGAAGCCCUGCCGAACACACACGAGGCCGAGGCGGCGUUCGGAGAGGUGACUGCGGUGACGGUGGGGGAUGUUCAGACGUCAGAGGACAACGUCUUCACCACGACGGUCGCGACGUCGGGAAGCCUUCCUGAACAUGUGCUGAACGGCAGAACCACCCUCCAGCUGGGGGAAGGUCUCAGCUCCCAGAAGACCACCCUGAUCGUGGUCCACGCCGACGGCAGCAUCGUGGAGGCUGCCGGCCUCAAGUCCACGGCCACCAUCACCUCAGGUCCUCAGACGUCGCCCACGCCGCUGACGCCGCCCCAGGACAAAGACUCCUGUUCCAAGUACAACUGGGACCCUUCGGUCUACCACAACGAGCUGCCGGUCCGCUGCAGGAACACCAGCGGCGUCCUGUACAAGAACCGGCUGGGAUCAGGGGGCAAAGGUCGCUGCAUCAAACACAACCAGCAGUGGUUCACGCCCACCGAGUUCGAGGGCAUGGCGGGACGAGCCAGCAGCAAGGACUGGAAGAGGAGCAUCCGAUACGCCGGCAGGCCGCUGCUGUGUCUCAUACAGGAGCGGAUCCUCAACCCCCACGCUGCGUCCUGCACCUGUGCAGCCUGCUGUGACGACCUGACACCAUCCGUGAAGGAGGGAGACUCUCUGGCAUGUGAGAAUUUAAGCAUGUCCCUCCGGACAUCGUCAGGCGUUUCAGAAAACAGUCAGAUCCCUUCUUACUUUGAAAGCUCUAUCACCGGCCCGGUCCGCCUCUUCGUCCCUUACAAGAGACGGAAGAAGGACAACGAGCCUCCGCUCAUCUCUGCCAAGAAGCAGAUUCCUGUCACGAAGAACAUCACGCUGGCUUCAGGAACCACGUUCUCGGUGUCCCCGUCGGGCCAGUUCACCUCCGGCACCACCCUGACGUUCGACCGCUCUCCCUCGGGCGACGGCACCACCGCCAUCAUCUCAGACGGAGCGGCGCAGGGCGAGGUGUUCGCCGGCACCACAGUGCUGACGGCUCUGCCGGCGUUGGCCGUGGCCCCUCAGCCCAUCCAGGCCAAGGUGGCGGUGGCCGCCGCCGCCUCGUCGCCAUCGGCGACGCUGCCGGUGCUGGCGGGGCUGGAGGUGACCCCGGUGGGCGUGGCGGCGCCGGGGGCCGGCGAGAGCCAGAAGAGCACCUGGGCGUACCUGGAGGAGAUGGCCAACACGCUGCUGAGCAACGUGCAGCAGCUGAAGGUGCUGAUCGACCAGGCCAGAACCUCGGAGGCCGACGGAGGGAAGGAGGAGGCCAGGAAGGAGUCCAGCCUCAGCCAGCCGUUCCAGAACCAGAUCUCGUUUCAACACGCCGACGAAUCGGAGGCCAAGAGGAGCUCCGACUUCACGGAGAUCAUCAUCAACCAGAUGUGCGUGAACUGCGGCCGGGUGGCGAUGAGCGAGUGCAACAUCUGUCACAAGGUCAACUACUGCUCCACAUUCUGUCAGAAAAAGGACUGGAAGGAUCACCAGCACUCGUGCUGUCAGUCAGCGGAGGGCGUGGCCGUGCAGGAGGAGGAGGAGCCGAUCACAGACAUGGACAUGGACAAAGUGAAGUGAGACUGUUAAGUGAGACUGUCGCAGACUUCAUCCAGGACUCAGUUGACGUCCCACUGUUGGCGUCUUCCCACCGGGAGCAGCUUCCUACUGGGAGUAAAAGUUCCCCACAAACUCUAUCAUGGUUUACAGCAGCAUCUAGUGGACG